AUGCUCUUCGUAAUUUUGACAUUAUUAGUAUAUGUGUCAUAUGGCGAGAUAUUUUUUAAUACAGACGAUAACAGCACCAUUCAAAAUUAUGAUAAUGAACAACCGUACAAUAUUUAUAAAUGGGUACAACAAUUACAACUGCAGACUUGUGCUUUUGUUGGAAUAGGCCUAAAAUAUUAUGCUCUAUUUGUUGAAAAUAUCGAAUAUAAACAAAACAAUACUAUAAAGUCGACAAACUAUUUCUUAGGAAUAUGCCACUACUCCACUUUAGAAACCUGGAACCUUUGUUCGAACAGUUUAGCCAAAAAGAGACGAAACAAAUGCACGUUUAAACUUAAGCCAGGAGUUUACCAGAGUCGGGUACACAGAAGGUUCUGUGAUUUUAAAGUCAUGGUCAAAAAUAAGGAUUGCAGUUGUGUGUCGUCGAUUUUGCAAGAAAACCUAUUUAAAGUAAGAGGAUUUCCAAUGUGUUACAUCCCGUCUCUUCCUUACUCCAUAUGCAAAUACAACGUUUGCGGCUUGUCCAAGUGCAGUUCCCUGACAGUUGAAAAUUCCGUACACUCGGUCCGGUGCGAUGUGGCUUGUAUGACUGGAAAUCCGUUUUGCGAAGGACCUAUGCACCGGUCGUCCGCUCCGCCAAAAAUGAACUCGCAUUGGUCGAAGUGGAGUCAUCAGGAAAUCGCAGUAGCGGAUGGUAGUGAAUCACAGCCCAGCAGGACUUCUAGCGAAGCGUCUAGCAGCAAAAAGUUCAGUUCGGUCGCUACAUGCAUAAAUAAGUAUAGGAAUUUAAAAGGCUUAGAUUGUCUUGGGCCCGGAACUGGAUGCUGUCCACCCAAUUCAAGCAAUUGCAUUUGUGAAACUGUCGAGAAACAGGGUGGACUAGUAUUAAAAAGAAGUUAUGAAUUGCAGAAAACAGGCAGAAUAAAUACACCACUAAAAAUUAAACAGCAUCAAAAACGAAGCAGUAGGAAAUACAUAAGAUCGCUAAGAGAUACCAACAAUAAUAUGGACGACGACGAGGAAGAGGAGGAUGAUCUAGAUGAGGAUAUAGUUUUAGAAGAAGAUACAACAGAGACUACACCUAGCACUACAGAAUACUUGGAAAAGGAAGAGCUCGACGAACAAGUUAGUAAUGAUUUAGAGGAUAGGAUCAUACAGCUGCGGCAAAACAUAACUUCCAGUAAAUCACACAGCUCGAAAUUUAAAUGUAUAUCAGAAAAAAUUUUAAGAUGGUUAUUAUUCAUAUUAGUAGUUGUAUUUCUAUAGAUUUUAACAACCGCAAUUAAAUA